AAAUUUGAUCUCAAGAACGCAAUUAAUGCAAAGCAUGCAACAACCGCUUCCAGCCUCUAAAGUUGUUGCUGAUUUGACCCAUCGGACGCCACUCAGGAUGCUUUCUCCUCUCAUAAUUAGGCCCUCAAUUGUUUCUUUAAAGCAUCUCCAGGAAACCCCUUUCCCUUGUCAGAGGAGUUGCUCUUAAUUUCCCUCCACAUUUGGGGUCUCGUCCCAGAAAAAUAUGUUUUCAAGAAACACAUUGAGUAUUAAUGGUGAUGAGGAGGAGGCCCUCGUGUUGGCUGCUUUGCAGAGGUCUCCUACUUAUGACAGAGCCCGGACAGCGCUUUUCAGAAAUGUUGCUGGGGAGCUUUCGUUGGUUGAUGUUCGGAGGAUCAAGGAGCAAGAACAGAAGCAAGUCUUGGAUAAGUUGGUUAAUGCAGUCAAUGAAGACAUUGAGGGGUUUUUCAGGAGAGUUAGGCAGAGAUUUGAUGCCGUCGGCCUGGAAUUUCCAAAAGUUGAGGUUCGAUUUCAGAAUUUGCAAGUGGAUGCAUUAGUCCAUGUAGGGAGUAGAGCUUUGCCAACAAUACCCAAUUUUAUUUUUGACAUGACUGAGGCUUUAUUGAGGAAGCUAGGGAUUUUCUCUGGAAGAAAACAGAAAUUCUCUAUCCUGAAGAACAUAAAUGGUGUCAUACGGCCUUCAAGGUUGACUCUGCUUCUGGGCCCUCCAAGCUCUGGGAAGACGACAUUUCUUUUGGCUCUUGCAGGUCGCCUUGCACCUAGUCUGCAGAUGUCAGGGAAAGUUGCAUACAAUGGACAUAAUCUAGAGGAGUUUACUCCUCAGAGGACCGCAGCAUAUGCCAGCCAGCAGGAUUGGCACAUUUCUGAAAUGACUGUGAGGGAGGUUCUUGAAUUAUCAGGACAAUGUCAAGGCCCUGGAUAUAAACAUGAAAUGCUCAUGGAACUUCUAAGAAGAGAAAAAAGUGCUGGAAUAAACCCGGAUCAAGAUCUUGAUAUUUUUAUCAAGGCAGUAGUGUUGGGGCAACAGACAAGUUUUCUUGUUGAAUACAUCAUGAAGAUUUUAGGACUGGAUAUUUGUGCUGAUACAUUGGUGGGAGAUGAAAUGCUUAAAGGGAUAUCAGGGGGACAAAAAAAGCGGCUCACUACUGCUGAACUGCUUAUGGGUGCUUCUAGGGUACUUUUUUUGGAUGAGAUAUCAACAGGGCUAGAUAGCUCAACUACCCAUCAAAUUAUCAAAUAUCUAUGGCACACAACUCAUGCUCUUGAUUGUACAAUGCUAGUAUCCCUCUUGCAACCGGACCCGGAGACUUAUGAGAUGUUUGAUGACAUAAUUCUUUUUAGUGAGGGGCAAAUUGUUUAUCAGGGGCCCCGUGAAGCUGCCGUUGAGUUUUUUGCAUUUAUGGGUUUCAAGUGUCCAUCCAGAAAAAAUGUUGCUGACUUUCUACAAGAGGUAAUAUCUGAAAAGGAUCAAGAGCAGUACUGGUUCCUCAAUAGUCAAUACAACUACGUACCUGUGGCAAAGUUUGUAGAAGCUUUUCAAUCCUUUCGUGUUGGUAAUUCGUUGGCACGGGAGUUGGCCAUUCCAUUUAAUAAACAUUACAAUCAUCCAGCUGCCCUAUCUACCAAGACUUACGGUAUAACAAGGGCUAAGCUUCUGAGGAUUAGUUUUUCCUGGCAGAUGCUACUACUGAAGCGGAAUUCUCCUGUCUUUGUUUUCAAAUUCAUUCAGCUACUCCUGAUUAUUUUGAUCAUGAUGAGUGUGUUCUUCCGAACAACAAUGCAUCAUAAUACUCUUGAGGACGGUGGAGUCUACCUUGGUGCCCUUUACUUUGCGAUAGUUAUGAUUCUUUUUAAUGGAUUUAUGGAGGUCCCAAUGUUGAUAGCUAAGCUUCCUGUUCUUUACAAGCACAGAGAUUUGCGUUUCUACCCCUGCUGGAUAUACACUCUUCCCUCUUGGCUUUUGAGUAUUCCCCUUUCACUUGUAGAAUCUUUUCUAUGGGUGGCAGUUACAUAUUAUGCCAUUGGCUUUGAUCCUCAAAUAACCAGAUGCCUCCUGCAGUUCUUGAUAUACUUCGCUUUGCACCAGAUGUCUAUAGGUCUUUUUCGUGUGAUGGCAUCACUAGGGCGAAAUAUGGUAGUUGCUAACACAUUUGGAUCUUUUGCUAUGCUGGUUGUGAUGGUCCUAGGGGGAUUUAUAAUUUCAAGAGAUAGCAUCCCAAUUUGGUGGAUCUGGGGUUACUGGUUCUCCCCGAUGAUGUAUGCCCAAAGUGCAGCUUCAGUUAAUGAAUUUCUCGGUCACUCCUGGGAUAAGAAAGCUGGAGACAACAGUACUUUGUCUUUGGGGGAAAUGUUGCUGAAGGUUCGCAGUUUAUUUCCAGAUGACCAUUGGUACUGGAUUGGUUUUGGAGCAUUACUUGGAUAUACAUUGUUAUUCAACACCCUCUUCACUUUGUUUCUGACUCACCUAAACCCUCUAGGGAAUCAACAAGCUAUUGUUCCCCUGGCGGAUCAUCACGACAAAGACAAGGAACAUGACAGUGAACCUUCCAUUAUUUCUUUUGGAGAGUUCUUGCAACAUUCACACUCAUUUACUGGUUUGCCAAAGAACUCUGAAUCUUCCAUAAUAGCUUUUGGAGAAUUUUUGCAACAUUCACACUCAUUCACUGGCAAGAGUAUUUGCAAACGCAAAGGAAUGGUUCUUCCAUUUGAACCUCUUUCCAUGUGUUUUAGCAACAUCAGCUAUUAUGUUGACAUUCCUAUGGAACUGAAGGGACAGGGUCUUCCGGACAGGUUGCGGCUACUGGUAGAUGUAACUGGAGCAUUCCGACCUGGAGUGCUUACUGCAUUAAUUGGUGUCAGUGGUGCUGGUAAAACUACACUCAUGGAUGUUUUAGCCGGUAGGAAAACUGGCGGACAUAUUGAAGGCAGUAUCUAUGUUUCUGGAUAUCCCAAGAAUCAAGAAACAUUUGCAAGGAUUUCUGGCUACUGUGAACAGAAUGAUGUUCAUUCUCCAUGUCUCACUGUACAUGAAUCACUCUUGUUUUCUGCUUGGCUCCGACUAUCUUCUCAGUGUGACUUUGCUACACAAAGAGCUUUUGUGGAUGAGGUUAUGGAACUAGUUGAGCUAACUCCAUUACGUAGAGCACUAGUAGGUGUACCAGGAGUAAAUGGUUUGUCCGUAGAACAAAGAAAAAGGCUGACAAUUGCAGUUGAGCUUGUUGCCAAUCCUUCUAUUGUAUUCAUGGAUGAACCUACUUCAGGACUUGAUGCCAGGGCUGCAGCAAUUGUGAUGAGAGCUGUAAGGAACAUUGUUGACACUGGUCGGACGAUUGUUUGCACUAUUCACCAGCCCAGCAUUGACAUUUUUGAAUCUUUUGAUGAGCUUCUAUUAAUGAAAAGAGGCGGACAGCUCAUUUAUGCAGGUCCAUUGGGCAAAAAUUCUAUCAAACUUAUUCGUUACUUUGAGGCUAUUCCAGGAGUUCAAAAAAUAAGACCUGGAUAUAACCCUGCAGCUUGGAUUCUUGAAGUUACAUCUCCAGCGGAAGAAAAUCGUGUGGGUUUGGACUUUGCAGAAAUUUAUCGCCGAUCAACUUUGUUUCAGCAAAAUAAGAUGGUGGUUGAGAGGUUAAGCAAGCCAGAUAAGGAUACCAAAGAAUUGAGCUUCCCAAGCAAAUACUCUCUGUCAUUUUUUGGUCAGUUCCUGGCAUGUCUUUGGAAGCAGAACCUCUCAUACUGGCGGAACCCACAAUAUACUGCCGUACGCUUCUUCUACACUGUUAUCAUCUCAUUGAUGUUCGGAACAAUAUGCUGGAAAUUUGGUUCCAAAAGGGAAUCCCAACAGGAUAUAUUCAAUGCUAUGGGAUCCAUGUAUGCAGCUGUUUUAUUCAUCGGAAUAACAAAUGCGACUUCUGUGCAGCCAGUGGUUUUUGUUGAAAGGUUCGUUUCAUACAGGGAGAGAGCUGCAGGAAUGUAUUCUGCAUUACCAUUUGCCUUUGCCCAGGUGGCAGUUGAAUUCCCCUACGUUUGCGUGCAGUCCCUCAUUUACAGCGCUAUCUUCUACUUCAUGGCAUCCUUUGAGUGGAAUGUAUGGAAGUUUCUUUGGUAUAUAUAUUUCAUGUAUUUCACGUUACUCUACUUCACCUUCUUUGGGAUGAUGACAAUUUCCGUCACACCCAAUCACAACGUCGCAGCAAUCCUUGCUGCCCCAUUCUACAUGAUGUGGAACCUUUUCAGCGGCUUCAUGAUUUCUCACAUGAGGAUUCCCAUAUGGUGGAGAUGGUAUUACUGGGCCAAUCCGAUAGCCUGGAGCUUAUACGGACUUCUAACGUCCCAGUACGGAGACGUGGAUGAAUCAGUUAGGCUUACUGAUGGAGUCCACUCAAUGCCAAUAAAACAGCUGCUCAAACAUCAGUUUGGUUUCAGGCAUGAUUUCCUGGGCAUUGCUGGUAUUGUUGUGGUUGGUUUCUGUGUGCUGUUUGCUGUGACUUUUGCUUUCUCAAUCAAGUCCUUCAACUUCCAGAGGAGAUGAAAGGAAGGAGGGAACUUAUAUAAUUGCAUAGGAUACUUGUAAAGUUGUUCAACAACAAGAUUUUGUGUCAUUCUUGAGCCUUGAAGAAAUCAUUAGUCUCGAAAUUUAGUACAAA